AUUAUGGCUGACAACCAAGAAUUAGGAUAAAGUUUGGGGGUUACAAUGAUUGUUAGGCACUACUAACGUUGAAGCAGUAUUAAGAAAGAAAGAGGGCCCCACUUCUGUACUGUACAGACAAGCUGGCGAACUGAGCUGUUCCUCCCCCACCCCCACCCCUGUCGCACCCCCACCCCCCUCUUCAGACGCCAUAUUAAGCCCUCCUUCGCCACGAUUCACUCACAGUUCUCCCUUCUUUUGAAUUUGAAUUUGAAUUUUGUCAGAAAUUCCCUUUAAAGUUUGAUCUUUUCGGACUUUCUUGAAUUUCCGGUUAUAUUUUCUUGAAUUUCCGAUCUGAGUGAUAUGGCCGUAGAAAGUAAAACAUCAGCUCCGGAGGCGCCGGCAGCCGAUGCCAAAGACGUGGUGGUUUCCGAUGUGCCGGUAGCAGAGAAGGCGGAGGUUGUGGCUUCUGAGACUGAAAUAGCCGAGAAAUCGGCUGUCCCGGAAGAACCGGCGGCGGAAGGAGAGAAGGAGAAGGAGAAGGGUCCCGUCACCGAGUCGACGUCGUUUAAGGAGGAAAGUAAUAAGGUGGAGGAGCUUCCCAACCCGGAGAAGAAGGCUUUGGAUGAUUUCAAACAGUUGAUCCAGGAGGCUCUGAACAAGCACGAGUUUACGGCUCCACCGCCCCUGCCGGUGGCGAAGGAGGAGGAGAAGAAGGCGGUGGCAGCCGAGGAGGAACCAAAGCCGGUGGCAGCCGAGGAGGAACCAAAACCGGAGAAGAUUGAAACCGAGGAUGUGACCCCAGCGGCAGCCGAGACCCCGGCGGUUGUGGAGGAGCCACCAAAGGCGGAGGAAAAAAUUGAAGCUGCCCCAGAACCCGAAGCAACCGCGGCGGAGCCGGUGGAGGUGGUCGUCGAGAAGAUCGAGGAAACGGCUGUCACACCGACGGAGGAAGUCAAGGAUACAAUCUCAGAAGAAGCCGCCGCCACCGAAAUCCCACCGGAGCAAGUUUCCAUCUGGGGAAUCCCCCUGCUCGCCGAUGACCGGAGCGACGUGAUUCUGCUGAAGUUCCUCCGGGCACGCGACUUCAAAGUGAAAGAAGCCUUCGCGAUGCUGAAAAACGUGGUCGCGUGGCGGAAACAGUUCAACAUCGACGAGCUCCUGGAAGAAUCCGAUCUGGGUCAAGGCCUGGAAAAGGUUGUCUACAUGAACGGUUCCGACAAAGAAGGGCACCCCAUCUGCUACAACUCCUUCGGGGAGUUUCAGGACAAGGAGCUGUACCAGAGCACCUUUUCCGAUAAGGAGAAGCUGAACAGGUUCCUGAGAUGGAGGAUCCAGUUCAUGGAGAAGUCAAUCAGGAAUCUGGACUUCAGCCCUGAAGGAAUUUGCACCUUUGUUCAGGUUAUCGAUCUCAAGAACUCACCUGGACUUUUCUUCUUCAAGAGAGAGCUUCGCCAGGCCACUAACAGAGCCCUUCAGUUGCUCCAAGACAAUUAUCCUGAAUUUGUUGCCAAACAGGUCUUCAUCAAUGUUCCAUGGUGGUACCCAUCCUACUAUAAGAUGAUCAAUGCUCUUUUCACCAUAAGAACAAAGAGCAAGUUUGUGUUUGCAGGCCCUUCUAAAUCGGCUGAAACCCUCUUCAAAUACAUUGCCCCUGAGCAAGUUCCAGUUCAAUAUGGUGGGCUUAGCAGAGAGGGAGAUUAUGAGUUCAAUACCGCUGACGCUUCAACUGAGGACACUAUCAAGCCAACUUCCAAGCACACUAUCGAAUUUCCUGUUACCGAGAAUACCAGUUUGGUUUGGGAGGCAAGAGUGAUAGGGUGGGAUGUGUCUUAUGGAGCAGAGUUCGUGCCUGGAGACGAAGGCGCGUACACCAUCAUCCUAGAGAAGCCAAGGAAGAUCGGGUCAGCAGAUGAAACCAUAAUUGGUACAACCUACAAAGCAGAGAGUACAGGAAAGGUGGUGUUAACAUUUAACAACCAGACUUCUAAGAGGAAGAAGCUUCUCUACAGGUCCAAGACCAAGACUUCUGAAUGAAAAGGUUGCUGCUGCUGCUACUAUUAUUAUUACUACCCUAUUUGGCUGCUGAUCCUGGUGCUUCAUCAUGUUCUAUCUGAAAAGGGGUUAUUUCUUUUGUUUAUAGAAUUUAUUUAAUCUCCAAACAUUUAAUUUUAUGGUCUGGGAUAUGUUACAAAAUUUGUUUCAUUUUUUGUUUUCUUUUAAGAGGAGUUUUGAUGUUUUGGAUUGUUUUGAAAUGGAUGGGCCUGGGAGGGAGGUAUGAGUGAUAUGUUUGUAAUUUCCGUGUGUUUAUUUACGUUUUUAGAUAGUUUUGGUUGUUUAAUAUUUCGGAAAUUACACACUUUCGGUGUAAUAGUUUAGUUUGUUAAAUUCUUGUAAUUGUUUAGAUUAGGUUUAUUCUGAGCUUAAACAGGUCCAAGAUCAAUCAAAUGAUCAAUGGUGAAGGAAGGUGCAAGAAUACAAGACAAAAAGAAGGAAAAAUCCUGAUUUUGGUCUAUACUCGGUCGAGUAUAUACAUAUACUCGAUCGGGUAUCUGGUUGACAUUUCAAAUCGGAUCGGAUCCGAAAACAAAGGAACAUGCAGGAGAAGAUUUCCCCACGUUCGAGUGUCUAUACCCGAUCGGGUAUACUUAUAUACUCGAUCGGGUAUAGCUAUAAAAACUACCCGAGUAUUGAUCGAGUAUAGGGCGAAUUCGAUGUUCUACACAUACUCGAUCGAGUAUGUAUAUAUACUCGAUCGAGUACUCGACCUGCACCUCAAAAAGCCUAUAAAUACACCUCCUUUCCUUCACUUUUAGAAAACCAAUUCAUAUACACUCUUAAGCUCAGUUUAGAAUAGCAUUUCUCUAUAUUUCUUUUAGCAUGUUUAGUCUCCAAAUGAGGAGCUAAACUUCCAUUUCUUGGUAUUGCUCUUGAAGCUUGUUGAUUAUUAAAGUUGUGAGUUAUUUUCUUAAC